AACAAACAGAAGUUAAUUAGAAAGCGGCUUAUAUCGUCACGAGAUGCAGACAACUCGAGUACUGUUCAACACUAGAACCAAAGUUCAGUCUUCAUACUAUUUCUUGCCGUGAUUAAAAGUAUCUACGGUAAUCCAAAUGUCUCGUAAAGGUGGUACACUUCUUAGAGGAAGAUACUUGCCUUUGCAACCAAACUAAAUGCAUUCAAGGACAGGAUAAAGACAUCGAUUCUACUUAAAGCCAGUGUUCUCCAUGGAAACGGAUUUGUUUAAGGAUCAUCUAAAACAUUAGCGGAUUGCUUAUACUUAAAGGUUAUGAAAGAUGUCCGUAACAGCAUUGCAGCUGGAAGAUAGAGUACCGAAACAUCAGCCUUUUUCUAUUUAUCUUGACGAAGCUCUGAAGACACUAAACUCUGAGCACACUCCAAGGACCAUUCCACAACGGUAUUUUAAACAAGGCUACACAAAUAGGACCUCGGAAUUGGGCCAAAAAUGUCCCAACAGGGGGAGGGCUCAUAAGAAUUUAGGGAGCAAAUUACCUCCCGACAGGAGUAUGGUUGCCACCAAAGGAACUCAAUUAUUUCCUGACGGGGGUAUAGUGGGGCAAAAUGCCAUUCCCGACAAGGGUAUGAUCGGUACGAAGGUGAUAAAACGAAGAGUAGCACGUGUAGAAAAGGAAAAGAAAAUCGUAAGCGAAAGAUUAAAAACUGAAAAAGAGUUUUCCUUUAAGAAGUCUUCAAAAAUGACAAAUGUACAACCACUAGGUAAACUGCGAGAAUAUAGAAACGAUUAUAGUAUAGACCAUAUCCCUAGUCUAAAAAAGGUAGACGUAGACGAUCGAUACGAGAAGGAAAAACAUAUACAGAAGGUUUUAAAUCGUUUGAACCUAAAUGCUGGUCCCCAUUACAAAAGCCCAACCAGCUCAUCAAGUCAAAAGGGACCAGUUAUCAAGAAUACAACUGGGAUUGACUUUGCAUCCAGUUUGAUGGAAAGCCAUAAUUUAACGUUAAAGCAGCUAAGAGAGUUCUGGCAAGAUAUGCCAUCAUUCUUGAAUAUACAAGCUGCAAAACUCAGGAGAAAGUAUGGGAUUGUUGGAAGCGAGGCUGCGGAUGACAUUGAUGAUAUUGCGAUUGAGAUUGUGACAAAAUGGAACACGCCGACAACGGUAGUUCUACCAAACAUAGAAAACCAAAUUUCAAGAACAUUGUAUGUUGUUGAAGAAGAAAACUGAUAUACACUUAUUUCAAUAAAGUUAGUCACCUGAAAAGCUAUAAAGCUGAGGCCGACAAGGAUU